GGUACUGAAAGAGACCCGCGGCCGGCUUGCGGGGCUUGGUUGUCAGAGCUGAGGCGAAGUGAGGCGAGAUUCUUAAUAAGUAUCUGCCAGACUUCAAGAUUUCAGAAGAGACGUGAAACAGUAUAUUGCAACUUUAAGACAAGGCUGUAGGCUAGUGGACUGGAUAGACUGAUCUUAAAACACAGAAGGUGACCUAUUGAGAAAAGUGACACAAAUAUAGGAAAAUCCUGCUCUUCUGAAGUAAGGGUGAGAUAAUGUCACAAGUUACAACCACUUAUUCCUUUGAUGCCCCAACGGAUUUCAUCAAUUUUACAUCUUUGGAUGCUGAGGAAGAUACUGAAAAUGUAGAUUCAUGGUUUGACAAGAAGGCCAAUGUAGAGAAUAACUUUCCUGGGAAGAAUGGGCUAGAAGAGCUUUUUCAAAGCAAAACUUCCUUGAGAAAAGCUAAACUUCUCACUCCUCUGAGACCAGUUGGUAAUACUUACUACAAAGAGGAAGAAAAAGAAAAUCUUACAGAACAUUCUAUUCCAUCAAAUGCUUGUUCUUCCCUGGAAGUUGAGGGAACCAUAUCAAGAAAUACUCCACCCCAGCCUCAAAGAAGAUCAGUUAGACUCUCUGCUCGGAAGGAUUUGGAUCAGAAAGAAAAACGCCAUGUUCAAAUGAAAGCAAAGAGAUGUGCCACUCCUGUAAUCAUCAGUGAAAUUCCACCUUCCAAAAAAAUGAAAGUUUCUCACAACAGAAAGAAGCCAAAGGAAGAAGAAGAAAGCAGUGUUCAAGAUAUUUCCAAAAAGAAUGAAUCUUCCCUAGAGAAAACCAAGGGCAGACAUAAUGGGCCUUGUGUGCCAACUGUAAGGCAGAAGGUUCUGAAAAGUACUGAGGAGCAAGAGUUGGAGAAGAGAAUGAAAAUGCAGCAGGAGGUAGUGGAGAUGCGGAAAAAGAAUGAAGAAUCUAAGAAACUUGCUCUUGAAGGAGCAGGGCAACUUGUGAAGAAAUCAGUUAGCCAGGUAACCAAACCAGUUGACUUCUACUUUCGCACAGAUGAGCGAAUCAAACAACCUUCUAAGAACCAGGAAGAGUAUAAGGAAGUGAACUUUACAUCUGAACUUCGAAAGCAUCCUCCAUCUCCUGCACGAGUGACUAAAGGAUGUACCAUUAUUAAGCCUUUCAACCUGUCCCAAGGAAAGAAGAGAACAUUUGAUGAAGCAGCUUCUACAUAUGUGCCUCUUGCACAGCAGGUUGAAGCUUUCCAUAAACGAACCCCUGACAGAUAUCAUUUGAGAAGUAAGAAGGAAGAUACUAGUCUAUUACCCUCUAAAUCUGUGACCAAGACCUCCAGAGACCCACAGACUCCUGUGCUGCAAACCAAACAGCGUGCAAGGCCUGUGACUUGCAAAAGUGCAGCAGAACAAGAGGCUGAGGAGGUGGAGAAAAUGCAACAAUACAAAUUCAAAGCACGGGAACUUGAUCCCAGAAUUCUUGAAAGUGGGCCUAUCUUACUCAAGAAACCCCCUGUGAAACCACCUACUCAGCCUAUUGGCUUUGAUUUGGAAAUUGAGAAAAGAAUCCAGGAGCGAGAGUCAAAGAAGAAAUCAGAGGAUGAACACUUUGAAUUUCAUUCUAGACCUUGCCCUACUAAGAUCUUGGAAGAUGUUGUGGGUGUUCCUGAAAAGAAAGUAUUUCCAAUCACCGUUCCCAAGUCACCAGCCUUUGCAUUGAAGAACAGAGUCCGAAUGCUUAGCAGAGAAGAUGAGGAAGAGGAUGAACCAGUAGUGAUAAGAGCUCAGCCUGUGCCACAUUAUGGGGUACCUUUUAAGCCCCAACUCCCAGAGCCAAGAGCCGUGGAAAUAUGCCCUUUCUCCUUUGAUUCUCGGGACAAAGAACGCCAGUUACAGAAAGAGAAGAAAAUAAAAGAACUGCAAAAAGGAGAGGUGCCCAAGUUUAAGGCACUUCCCUUGCCUCAUUUUGACACCGUUAACCUGCCAGAGAGAAAGGUAAAGAAUGUAACCCAAACUGAGCCUUUCUUCCUGGAGACUGAUAGAAGAGGUGCUCAGAAGGAAGAGAUGUGGAGGCACCAGCUGGAGGAAGAACUGAAACAGCAGAAAGAAGCAGCUUGCUUCAAGGCUCGUCCAAACACCGUCAUCUCCCAAGAGCCCUUUGUUCCCAAGAAAGAAAAAAAAUCAGUUGCCGAGGGCCUUUCUGGUUCUCUAGUUCAGGAACCUUUUCAGCUGGCCACUGAGAAGAGAGCCAAGGAGCGGCAGGAGCUGGAAAAGAGAAUGGCUGAGGUAGAAGCACAGAAAAUCCAGCAGUUGGAGGAGGCCAGGCAACAGGAAGAAGAACAGAAGAAGGAGGAACUGGCCAGGCUACGGAAAGAACUGGUGCACAAGGCAAAUCCAAUACGGAAAUACCAGGCUGUGGAGGUGAAGUCAAGUGACCAGCCGCUGACUGUGCCAGUGUCUCCUAAGUUCUCCACUCGAUUCCACUGCUAAGCUGCAACCGUGAGCUGCAGCUACUACUUGGCAACAGAAGCUGCUCUUUACACCACACCAGGCAUGGAGAGAACCUGUUUUUCCAGACUUACCUACCCAUGCCUGACAGAGCAUACCUGAGAGCUGUGGAUACCCAUUUUGCUGAAAAUUGUUUUCAUGCAUUUUGAGGCUAAUAAUGCAACUCAACUCAUCUAUGCCUCAGACUCCUUGUAGUUUUAUCCUUUAAACAUCAGUUGACUCGUACUUAGUAUUGGUUUUAACUCUGACUAGAAUUUCAAGUCUCUGUGUCAGUACAAUGCAAUUUCUAUUUCUCCUUGUCCCCUCCCUUUUUUAUAUAUGCAUAUCUGUUUUAUUUAGGAAAUAAAGGUGGUUAAAUCUCAAGAUAGGGGUUAUGUCAUGGCUUAAUGAGGACCAAUCAGUAUAUCAGAUUCUUCCCUUGUCUUUGCACAAAAUGCGUUCAUAGUUAAAGAAGCCCUAUUCUGGAAGGGCUUAACUGCACUAGUGGGGAAGAAGACCAAAUGGACUUGAGGGGAAUCACAUAGUAACCAUUUGUCAAGUUUUGGGCAGAGCUGCUUUGAGGCACAUUCUCCUUGUUGGCGCUGAUAAUAACAGAGAAUGGUACAGUAUACAUUCUAAGACCUCAUUCGGAAUAAAUAUGUUUGUCUUCCCAUUCCUUAUUUUGUUAGUUGAUGUUUUUUAAAUCUGUCAAGACCCUUUAUAGAUCAGAUCUUUUUUGGGAAAGUGGUUAAUUUGAAUGGUAGGUUCAGGAACUUUGCAAAACACAGACUCUGUCCUUAAAGGUAAGUGCUUUGUAACUUUUCUACCUACAUCAGAAUCUCCUUCCACAUUUUGUUAACUCCCUCCCAGUAAAUACUGAGUCAUAUAUGUUGUACCUUCAUGUAGACUAUGUCUUCUUCCCUAGAUGAACUUUUUCUCAUUUGGUAAAUUCCUCCUUUAUAAGACUCAGUUCACAUAAAAUAUUAUUUUAGAAAUCUUUCAUGAGCUCCUCAAAUAAGGAUGGUCACUUCCUUUGUAGCAUCUCCUGAAUGUUUCUUGAGUGCUAGGCAUGGUAGAGUGCUCAAGACCCUGAGUUCAACCCCUGUUAUGGUUCCCACCUCCCAAAAAAAAAAAGUCUCUAGUAGAGCAGUUAUAGUAUAUCUGAAUUACUUGUAGGUGUUGACAAACUAAUAGAGAUAUGUCAGUUUCUUGAAGACAAGGUUUUUUUGUUUUGUUUUGCAGUAUUGGAGCUUGAA